AGCCGGGGCGGGGCGAUGCCGGGUGGUGGCAGCGGCGGCCCGGGCUGGGGCCCGUGACCAUGGGUAUCGCGGAGUCCACGCCGGACGAGCUGCCGUCGGACGCCGAGGAGCAGCUGCGCAGCGGCGAGCAGCAGCUGGAGCUGAGCGGGCGGCGGCUGCGGCGGCUGCCCAGCGCCGUGUGCGCGCUGAGCCGCCUGCAGAAGCUGUAUGUGAGCGGCACCGGGCUGCGCGAGCUGCCGGAGGAGAUCGAGGAGCUGCGCGAGCUGCGCAUCCUGGCGCUGGACUUCAACAAGCUGGAGCGCCUGCCCGACGGCCUGUGUCGCCUGCCGCGCCUCACGCGUCUCUACCUGGGCGGCAACCGGCUGCUGGCGCUGCCACCGGACUUUGCGCAGCUGCAGAGCCUGCGCUGCCUCUGGAUCGAGGGCAACUUCCUGCGGCGCUUCCCGCGGCCGCUGCUGCGCCUGGUGGCGCUGCAAUCGCUGCAGAUGGGCGACAACCGGCUGCGCGCGCUGCCGGCGGAGCUGCCGCGCAUGACGGGCUUGCGUGGCCUCUGGCUCUACGGCAACCGCUUCGAAGAGUUCCCGCCCGCUCUGCUGCGUAUGGGCCGGCUACACAUCCUCGACCUCGACCGCAACCGCUUGGGCGGCUUCCCCGACCUGCACCCGCUGCGCGCGCUGCGAGUUUUCUCCUACGACCACAACCCGGUCACUGGACCCCCGCGCGUAGCAGACACCGUUUUCUUAGUUGGCGAGGGCGCCGUCGAGCGCAUGGCUGAGCGCGACGAGCCCAUUCCGCGGCCUCCACCCCGGCGUCCAGUCCGGGCCUUUGAGGAUGAGGAGGAAGAAGACCUGCUCAUAGGAGGCUCAGGACCCAGGGCCUUGGGGCCUGCCAGGGACAGCCUCCGAGCCUUGGAAGCCCCUCCAGGAUUGGGCACCUGAGCCUCUGCCUUGAAUGAUGGAUGGGCUUGGCCACUCUGGAAGGAGGGGCUUUAGGAGGCCGCGGCUGUCUGGAUAUAGGGUGCUGCUGGGUGUCUUACUUGGGGUAGUGAAGGAGAGGCAUUGAGCAAGCUGCCUGGCACAGGCAGGCCUGAGGCGAUCUUCAGACACUCCUGGGUAGUAAGAAAGACUCCCUGGACAGACCUCUGGGCAAUUUUCAGACCAAGAAGUCUGGAAUAGAGCCACUGAUGGUACAACAGAUGAGCUGGUUCUCACCUGGAACCAGGGUCACCACUAUCCACAGAGUCAUCCCCACUCUGACACUGGAUGCCCAGGGUGCCUAUCACUUUCAUCUGGGAUUUGGAUCUCCUAGGCCUACCGCAGCUGUUGCUGGAGCCGUUACUUCUGGGGUGGACUAGAUGGAGGCAGUACUUUCCCUCCGCGUGUUUGGGGGAGGGAGUUGUUCUGGCCAGAGGUAGGGCAUAGGUGCUCUGUCCAGGACAGAAGCAGGACACAGAUCUGGGCCUAACACCUUAGCCUCCCUCAGCUCUCCACCAGGUCCCCGAUAUCUGUAUGGAGAGGAAGAUAGGGUCUCCACCCACCUUUCCCUCUGAUCUCUUCUCCCAGCAUGUGCUGAAAGAUUGCUGGGCAAAGAGAUCUUCCCUCUCCUAUGGCCUGGGCCCUCAGUUGUCAAGUUUGAAAGGAGGCCACUGUGCCUCUAGGGCCUCCUGGCCGGAAGAGAGAGGGCUUCUACACUCUCAGAGGCUGCUCAGGGCCUCUCUACUGCUGGCACUCUCCAUUUCCUUACAUGGGCACAGCCAGGGUGGCUGGCACGGCGUGGGGCACUGGACGGGCACCAUGUGCCUCUGCUCUGUCACCAGGGACAGCCUCCGAGGGGGUGAGGAGACAGGCUCUGCAAUUCCCAGGGCCAGAUCCAAGCAAUAACAGGAGGAAGGGGCCAGAGGACACUCAGGGACACUGUCAGGGGCUGGAGCCCCAGAAGGUAGUGUUUUCUUUAGGAAGAAAAAAAAAAACUGGUUGUAAACAUAAAUUAUAUU